CAUUUUUAUUUUGUGGUAGCCUGAAAAGGCUUUGCUCACAGAGCAAUCCUUUAAACACAAAAUUAUUUUGUGUACACAUUCUCACAAAUGUGCACCUUCUAUCAGAUUUCUCAACCAAACUUUUAUAUGUUUGUGUUGCAUUUAGGAUGGAUGUGCCAAAACCAUGGCUGAAACUACUGAAGAAACAUGUUGUGUCAAAUGUGGGUUGUAUCUUCAUCCUUCUGGGCUUGGAGAAGAUUGUGGAGAUGGAGUUUAGGUGUCCCUGCGAUCCUAAAUGGAACAAGGUGUUUACGUCUGCAUUCUUUAUCAUUCCUGCCAUUACAGCAUUCAUGAUGAUGCUAAAAAUACUAGGACCUGGUUGUAACAAAGUGUGUAAGGGGGCACUUGUGUAUUUCUCAAGCCUCAUCCCUCCAUUGGUGUGGUUGAUCAUACUGUUCUUCGAUGGCCAGUACUUUGCUUGUGCAAGGUCAAACUGGAAUGGCACAUUUGUCACUGCAAAUGAAGAUGCUCCUCGGAAAUGGUGUGAGCCAGAUGAGGAUGAACCCACUCAAAUGGAUCACCAUCGGGAAUUCCUUGUUCAGUCUCAGGUCAUUUGUCUGGCUCUGCUCUUGGUCAUCUUUGCGGCACUCACAUUUUUCUUGUGCUUAAAAUGCUGCUGCACAGGACUGCAAACAGAGAUAACAGAGCAGCAGAAGGAAGUUGACAAGAAUGAUGGCAAGAAAGAUGUCAAGAAAGUUUUUGUGUCACAUGUGGUUUGUAGCUUCAUCCUUCUGGGCUUGGAGAAGAUUGUGGAGAUGGAGUUUAGGUGUCCCUGCGAUCCUAAAUGGAACAAGAUGUUUACGUCUGCAUUCUUUACCAUUCCUGCCAUUACAGCAUUCGUGGUGAUGAUAAUAGUACAAGGACCUACUUGUAAACAAGUGUGUAAGAGAGCGUGUAAGGGGGCACUUGUGUAUUUGUCAAGCCUCAUCCCUCCAUUGGUGUGGUUGAUCAUACUGUUCUUCGAUGGCCAGUACUUUGCUUGUGCAAAGGCAAACUGGAAUGGCACAUUUGUCAUUUCUAAGGAAGAUGCUCCUCGGAAAUGGUGUGAGCCAGAUGAGGAUGAACCCACUCAAAUGGAUCACCAUCGGGAAUUACUUGUUCAGUCUCAGGCCAUUGGUAUGGCUCUGCUCUUGGUCAUCUGUGCGGCAGUCACACUAUCUGUGUUCAAAGACUGCUACUGUGGAAAAUGCUGUGGGGAUGUAGACGAAGAAAACGAAGAAAGAAAAAAUGACGAAGAAAUUGAGUUGAAUUUAGAAAUGAUUCAACCACCAGCAACAGCUUCGGGGUUAGGGAAUCAAUCAUGCACGAACUGAUGGAUGAACAUUUUUUUUUUUUUUUUAUUUAUCCAGGCAAGUCAGUUAAGAACACAUUCUUAUUUUCAAUGACGGCCUGGGAACAGUGGGUUAACUGCCUGUUCAGGGGUAGAACGACAGUUUUGUACCUUGUCAGCUCGGGGGUUUGAACUCGCAACCUUCCGGUUACUAGUCCAACACUCUAACCACUAGGCUACGCUGCCACCCCACAUGCACACACACACACGCAAGCGCACAUGCAUGCAAAGUAAGAGAAAGUUUAAGUUUGAUUUAUACUCUUCUCUCUGCAAUUACCAACUGCCAUUUCCUCAAUGUACCCUGUACUCAAUGUAUGGUAAAUGUCAUUGUUCAGGAUGGAGCCAAUUGCUGUUUGAAAGCUUUGUUUUUGGUUUCUCUCUACUCUGAUGAUUAAGAGAACACCAAGCAAGAAUGGGAAUGUUCAAUUAUUACAUAUGUAGGACACGGGUGAGCCCACACACACACACACACACACACACACACACACACACACACACACACACACACACACACACACACACACACACACACACACACACACACACACACACACACACACACACACACACACACACACACACACACACACACACACACAAACACACACACACACACACACACACACAAUGUGUUUACUGCAUUGCUUCACUUACGUUUCUAUGAUGUGGAGGUCGUGAGGAAAUCACUAUAGUAAUUAAAUCAUCUCCACACCCUACAUUAUCUCCACCUUCUAAAUUAUCUCCACCCUCUAAAUCAUCUCCACCUUCUAAAUUAUCUCCACACUCUAAAUCAUCUCCACCCUCUAAAUCAUCUCCACCUUCUAAAUUAUCUCCACCCUCUAAAUUAUCUCCACCCUCUAAAUUAUCUCCACCUUCUAAAUUAUCUGCACCUUCUAAAUUAUCUCCACCCUGUAAAUUAUCUCCACCUUCUAAAUUAUCUCCACCCUGUAAAUUAUCUCCACCCUCUAAAUCAUCUCCACCCUCUAAAUUAUCUCCACCUUCUAAAUUAUCUCCACCCUCUAAAUCAUCUCCACCCUCUAAAUUAUCU